AAUGUCUUAUGGUGUUGAUAUUCUUAAAGGUAAGACUCUUUAUGCAGGUAAAUGUAUGUUAGAACUCUUUGAUAAUAAUCUUAUUAGUUAUCAAUACAAAUAAAAUGAAGCAUAAUUGAAUCUCAGUUUAUAAGAAUAAGGCUGGUCUUAAAUACAUCUACUUCAUUCUAAUUGUUGUCCUUGUUAAAAUAAAGAUCUUAAACCUUUGGAUCAAAAUUACACUAAAAUUAAAUUAGCUACAGUAGCUAUGUUAUGUGAUAAAGAUUAUAAUUUUUUAUUAACAAGAAGACAUUAUUAGAUGAAAACAUUUCCAAAAAGUUGGGUUUUUCCUGGUGGAAUGGUUGAAGGACAUUAAAAUUUAGAAAAUGAGUGUUUGAGAGAAGUUUUAGAAGAAACAGGAUUAGAUGUAUUACCUAUACUUGAUAAAAUGGAAUUAAAAGUAAUGUAUGAAUCCAUAUAUCCUACUAAAUUAGAAGAAAAUGAAUAUCCAAUCAAAUAAACUUUGUGUAUGUUUUAUGAAGUUAAAAUCAAUUAAUCUUAUCAAAAUGUCACUAUUAAAAUGGGAGAAAAAGAAGUUGAUGAUUUUAAAUGGUUUUCAAAAAAUUAAAUGCUUUAAAUUAUGAAUGGGUAAAUAAAAGAUUACUAAUUUCUUGAAAUUGCAGGAAUAUAUCCAAAUUCAUAUGGAUCAGGAAUUGGUGAAGGACAUGUUAAAGCAUUUUUGCAUUGUUAUGCAUGA